AUGACAAAAAAAGUAAUUUCUGCAGACCAGAAGACAAAAACGGUCACGUUCCUCAAUGGGGACAUCAAACACAUUUUGGAAGAUGGGAAAGUGGUUUAUCACUAUGCUGGCUCAAAGACGACACAAACCACUUACCCAAGUGGUCUGGAGGUGCUUCACUUCGCCAACAAGCAGAUUGAGAAGCGACACCCUGGGGGGAAGAGAGAGAUCUUAUUUCCAGACCAGACCAUCAAGUAUUUGGAGCCUGACGGCAGCGAGGAGACAAUCUUCCCUGAUGGCACCGUCGUUUACCUUUCGCCGUCAGGUGAGAAGAUGGUUGAUUUCCCCAAUGGCCAGAGAGAAGUCCACACCUCCCAGUCUAAGAGGAGAGAGUAUCCUGACGGGACAGUUAAGACCAUCUACCCCAGCGGGCAACAGGAAACCAAGUAUGCAUCGGGCCGAGUGCACGUCAGAAAAAUGAAAGGAGUCACUGUCUCACAACCUGAAUGAAUGUGCGUGUUCACACGUAGUAUGAGUGGGACAGAAAGCGCUGUGUGUUCGACUGGAUGUAGGCAUGUAGCAUGUAAAUCAGCAAGCCUGCAAACGUAAUCGUGGAUGAUCAGAUCAGACAGGCGUCACUUUGACAGUAAACGCUUAUCCUCCUCACUCCUCCCAGGAAAAUGGUUGUCUUCAAUUACGGGAAUUUACUUGGUUUUUUGGAAGUAGCGCUCACCUUAUCUAUACAAAAACAACUUAUGAUUAAUAGUGCAGAACAGUGAUUCAGUAUGACUGCUUUACUGUGGAAAAAUCCUCCAAGUAUGAAAAUGAUGUGUUACCUUAGAAAGACAAACAUGUCAGAGCUCAACACCUAAUCUCCAAGAUAAAGAAGUUUCGCUUGACUAAAACACCUCAAGUCUACACAUAUAUUUGCUUUAACAAUCAAACUGUGAACAUUUAAUUUGUUUUUUCUCAAAUUUUGUCUAUUCCUUGAUUUUUUGUCUAUUUUCUAUGAGUUCUAUGAGCAGU